GUCAUUCUCACACACGUGUCAGCGCUGCAGGACUUACUUCCGGUUCAACAUGGCGGCAUCCAUGGCAUGUCAGGCGGCUGUGCGAGGACUCCGGGCUGCGAGCACUAAACAACUACUUUUCAGCAGAAACAACCAGCUAGUGAGGCUGUGCCCCAGAAGAUGGCUGAACCUGCAGGAGUACCAGAGCAAGAAGCUGAUGCAGGACAGUGGCGUAACCGUACAGCGGUUCUUUGUGGCUGACACUGCCUCUGAAGCCCUGGAGGCUGCCAAGAGACUCAAAGCGAAGGAGAUUGUCCUGAAAGCUCAGAUUUUAGCUGGAGGAAGAGGCAAAGGAUUGUUCGACAGCGGCCUGAAAGGAGGGGUGCAUUUAACAAAAGAUCCUGCUGUUGUUGGAGAGUUGGCUGGUAAGAUGCUCGGCUUUAAUCUGACCACCAAACAAACCCCUAAGGAAGGAGUGAAAGUAAAAACGGUGAUGGUUGCAGAAGCUCUGGAUAUCUCCAGGGAAACAUAUUUCGCCAUCCUGAUGGACCGCUCCUUUAAUGGACCAGUGAUGGUCGGAAGCCCUCAGGGUGGUGUGGACAUAGAGGAAGUGGCUGCAACCACACCAGAGCUCAUCUUCAAGGAAGUCAUAGAUAUAUUCGAAGGGGUUCGAGACGACCAGGCGCUACGUAUGGCAGCUAAUUUGGGAUUCAAAGGACCAUUGGAGAGACAGGCUGCAGAUCAGAUUAAACGACUCUAUGAUCUGUUCCUCAAAGUCGACGCCACUCAAGUCGAAGUCAAUCCACUCGGAGAAACACCUGAGGGACAAGUCGUUUGCUUCGAUGCUAAAAUCAACUUUGACGACAACGCUGAGUUCCGACAGAAAGCCGUGUUCGCCAUGGACGACACAGCGGAGAGCGACCCCACGGAGACCGAGGCGGCCAAAUAUGACCUCAAGUACAUCGGACUGGACGGAAACAUAGCUUGUUUUGUUAAUGGUGCUGGCCUUGCUAUGGCAACAUGUGACAUCAUCGACUUGCAUGGUGGGAAGCCUGCUAACUUCCUGGACCUGGGUGGAGGUGUAAAGGAGAAUCAGGUGUACGCGGCCUUCAAGCUCCUCACUGCCGAUCCCAAGGUAGAGGCCAUCUUGGUAAACAUCUUCGGAGGGAUUGUUAACUGUGCCAUCAUUGCUAACGGCAUCACCAAGGCCUGCCGAGAACUGGAGCUCAAGGUUCCCCUGGUGGUCAGACUCGAAGGAACCAAUGUUCACGAGGCAAAGCGCAUCCUGUCUGAGAGCGGGCUUCCCAUCACCUCUGCCAGUGACCUCGAUGAUGCGGCCAAGAAAGCUGUUGCUGCCAUUGCCAGGAAAUAAAAUCAUACAUGUAUUCACACAUUCUCAAAACAAACAUACCAUUAUUAUACAUACACCAACAGAGCUGUGGCCUGCCUCCCUAUGACACAAUCAAAACAGCCUUACACACUUCAUUCACAGAGAAAACGGCACACAAUUCCUGAGAAGAAGCCUCUUUUCUCACCCGCCUUCUGAACCACAGCUACACACCAGUCUGCCCAGUUUUUUUCCAGGAACAGAACUGUUUUGGAGCCCCUAAAAUCUGACUCUCAAAUCCAGGACUUUCUUGGAAAAUGCGAGGCAUCUUUUCCUGCAUUUUUGUCAGCCAUUUCUAUAGUUAAAUAAAUAACUCUAAAGCAUUCAUUGCCUUACUUUAAGCAUUUUUUUGAUUAUGAGUAUGGAUUUAUUUUUUGUUAAGUUAAAAUUUAAAGAUAAAAAAUUGCUUAAUUGCAUUCCAUAUUAAUGUUUAUCGCCUUAAGUAAACCAUGAAACAAUACAUGUAGUGGAAUAGCCUCACUUUUUUUAUACAACUGAACUGUGAAAUACAUCUCAAAUCUGAUAUUGAUUUCUUAAUCUCCAUAUGAUAUCACCGUCCCAGUCAGAUUUUUGGUUUGUCUUGUUUAUAAGAGUGUGAUAAGACUUAUUAGUACUGUCACAUGGUUAUUCAACAUUAAAUGCAAUAUUGAAGUUAUUGAAGUACGUUUUCCUGAUUACAUGUAAAAAAAUAAUAAAAAAAAUCGGUGCAUUAUAUUGUAUAUUCAAUUAGAUUUUUUUUUUAAUAAACAAAGUGGUUUGGUUUUUCUACUGUGCCUAUCAUGAGGAUGUUUUACAAGUUAAACACCCAUGAUCAAUAUAUAAAUAGCUAUUUUUUUUUAAUCCUGAAUGUCUUUUCAAAGUUAAUGUAAAUCUAAAAUGAGUCAACAAUAGUGAAAAUAAAA